AUGACGGAAUACGCGAAGAUGAAGAACGACGAGCUUUCAGCGCUCCUCAAAGAGCGCAAGCUACCUCACACUGGCAAGAAGGCCGAGAUGGUCGAGCGCUUACAAAAAGACGAUGAGAAGGCCAGCGCGAAGCCUGCUGCCGGCGCAGAGGAUGAGAUCGACUGGGAUGACGACGAAACUGCUGCAGCGCCUGCGACAGCAGCGCCUGCUGAGGCCGUCACUUCCAACAAAGAGACAGUCGAAAAGGCCGGAGGUGAGGGCCAGCCACCGAACCCGCAAGCAGUACCGAACCAAGUAGCCGAUAUCGAUCCCGCCAAAACCGACGACCUGACUGUAGACGCCCCAGCUGAAGGCGCCGUGGACGGAGCCGCGAAGACGGAGCCAGAGGAGAAGAAGGAAGAGCCCGCUCCUGACUACUCAAGAGGCCUUGCCGCAACGAACCUUGACGAAGAGAUUGAGAAGCGCAAGAAGCGCGCCCUCAAGUUCGGCACAAAGUUCGAAGAUGAUGAAGGGCUUAAGAAGUUGGAAAGGGCUAAGAAAUUUGGAGAGGUUGGGCCACCCAAGGGUCUUGAUGAGGCUCUUCCAGAGCGCCGCCAGAAGCGUGGACGCGAAGGUGGCGAUGAUGCUGCUAGCAACAAGCGCCGCGAAUCUGGACGUACUGGAGGCCGGGGAGGACGUCGGGAUAACCGGAACAGGGAUGGCCGGGAUGAUCGUCGUAGCGAGAAUAAGAGUAGCGGUGGAGGGGGCAACAACUGGAUGAGUGAGAAGGACCGGGCCGCAGCAGAGGCCAGGAAAGCCAAGUUCGCAAAGCCAGCUGCUUGA